CAAAUUUACAUCAAGUUCUAGUUUUUUUAUUGUGUUAAGUUUUGCAAGUUAUCAGCAUUAUAACAAUAAAAUACAAUAUUAUGUACAAUAGUGUGGAACAAUGGUGGAGAAUGACUUCCAUAAAUUCAUACACAUAUACCGACAAAAACAAAAUUCAUUCACAUAUACCGACAAAAACAAUCUAUAUCUAUAUAUAAACAAUCAGCAAUAUGGGUCACACAAAUAUACAUAUAUUAAGUUGUUUGUAGUAAUAGCAUAUCCUUCAUUUUGUUCGCCUGUAGUAAGUAAGUAUUUGCCAAGGUUAUUUAUCUACUAAUCUCAAGAUUUAUUUGUGUAAUCGUAUUCUUUGAUGUCUUUUGACACGUGGGUCACAGCUGACUCUGAAGCUUGACCAGGGUUCGUACGGAGUCUGGAAAACCUUGAAAAAUAUGGAAUUUUGAAAAUCCAUUUUCCAGACCUGGAAAAAUACCUUUUUUUGCGACUUAGUUUGGAAAAAGUAUGGAAAUUCGUGUUUAGGACUCACGUAGAAAAUUUUGGUUGCGUGAAACCGGCGGAAUCUGAUAACGUUUUCUAAUCUUGCCAGUAACGUACAUUUGGGAAAUCGAGACUAACAAUUGCCGACAUUUACCAAAGACUUGAAGUAUGUGCUUGCACAAUGCAUGUUACAAAAAGAUUGUCCAUUUUGUCUGAUUUUCCGAAAAUAUGGGGAGAUGUAUUUACUGAGUAACGUAAGUCUUGAAAAAUAUUUUUUUGUCUUGAAAAAAAGUCUGGAAAAGGUCUGGAAUUUGUUUGUUUCCAAGGUGUAUGAACCCUGCUAGAAGUAUAUUAGCGCAGAGAGCUGUCCUCAGUUCAGCCAAUGAAUGUUGUUCCUAACAUUCGCGAACUGUGACGAGAAAUAGUGCAAUGGGCCCACUGACGGGGAUUGAUCCCAGACUGACCCUGCAUCGAGCAAGUGCUGUACCACUGAGUUACAUCCCACCCCUAUAAAAUACAGUGUCCCAAUUUCAGAAGAUUUCGGGGCGCAUAUUAUUGAAGCUAUCUUAGUGAUAAAUACCAAAUCGUGAAAACCAUCGUAAGCUGUGACGUCACUAUGGCAUGUGCUGUAAUGACGUCAUAGCUUACGAUGGUUUUACGAUAUCGUAGCUUCAAAAAUAUGGGCCCAGACCCAUAACCACCUAGUAGAGAGAAGAUGGAAAGCAACAGGCCAUCGUGCUCCAAGACUCGAUCGUCAUGGGCCUUGUCCGACACAGCCAUAAACAGCAAGAGUUCCAAUGAGAAAAACGAUCUAAACCAGACUGAGUAAUGUCAUCUCCACCUGAGAGAGGAGAACUUUUUAGAAAAUUAUUUCUUACACCUCAGUCAGUUCGCAUUUGACCGGGCGAAAGAACUUGCGGACAAGGAUAAAGGUGGAACUGCCACUUGCUGGGGCACUCUGCUGCAAUGUUUCUCACAAUUAGCCAUGGCAGAGAAAAUGUACAUGACCUUGACCUGUUUAGGCCAGAAGAGGUUUCAUGGUAUUGGAAGGGCAAGGGAGAACCUUAGAAACAUCUACCAGUUUCUGAUGCAAGAAUUAAAGACUUGAUAGCUCGGGCCACAUGGACACCACACCCGGAACAGCACCCCCUAGUGACCUGGAGAUUCUGCUGGCUCAUCUGUGUGGACAACUCUAUCACUACCUGACAGCUCGACACAAGAUGAUGGACUUAUACGAGCAGAUGUCGGCCAUGGCCAAUCACAAAAACGUGAGUUUUGUCGACCUGAAUACGAUCGCUAGCGAGAUAAUCGAGGCGCACAGUCGAGGAUUCCAUCACCCCCUGCUUAGUCCAGUGAUGUCGACUUUCAGAGCAAGAAAGGAUUUAGUCAGUCCAAAUCGAGCACACUGCCAGCAUUGUAUCUUUGGCUUCUCAAGUUCAAGGGACUUCUCGUGUCAAAGGUUUGUCGCAUCAGUGGCAAAGCUACCUACCUAUAAUGACAUAAAUAAAAAAAAGAUGAAGAGAGGUGAUAGUGAGGUCGUCUCCACGUCGUCGGGUGCCUCCCGCAACUCCGGCUACCGCAGAGGCUUCAACUUAAUCUUUAGCCUACGGCGCCUGUUCCGGUUCCGGUUCCGGCGUUCUCGCAAAUACUCUAUCAUCAGCCUCGACUCAGACUCAGAUUGCUCCGAGAUGAGCUUCAACAUCGCCAACGCCAAUACCAGCAGCCUGAGUCCAGACCAGUUGAACUUGCCGAACGGCAGUGUGGGGGACGGAGGAGGGGCGCCCCGCGAGUGUCCCAUGUCUCUGGUCGAGCAGGAUGCCGACCAGUUUCCCGAGGUGAUGACCAACUGCUCACAGAGUAAUUACAGCGUUGAGUCAGGCUCACAGAGUAAUUACAGCGUUGAGUCAGGCUCACAGAGUAACUCCACUUGGAUUUAUUGCCAUCGCUUAGUUACAGUACUGAAUCAUGCUCACAGACAGAUUUUUCCAGAGGACAACUUCAAGCCGUGCCCGCGUUGCGGUGUUCUGUACAUCAAGAUGGACCAGGAUACUUCUAACAAGAUGUCCUGCGUGAUCUGUGGAGCGAAGUUCUGCUGGCUCUGUAUGAAGGAGAUUACAGUCCUACAUUAUUUAAGUCCAUCAGGCUGCACGUUAUUGGGAAAGAAAAAGAAACCAUGGAGCCGAAAGAAGAAAAUACUUUGGCAACUCGGAACGCUGGUUGGUGCUCCCGUCGGAAUCACCCUGGUCGCCAGCAUCGCAAUUCCCGCCAUGAUCAUCGGCAUUCCAGUCUGGGUUGGCAGAAAGAUUCACGCCCGCUACGAGGACAGGCCGUCGCGACACAAGCACAACCUCGCAAUCACGGGUGGAGUUGUGGCUUCCAUUAUUGUCGCACCUGUCAUCGCCGGUCUCGCUGUCGGUAUUGGUGUGCCAAUUCUGCUUGGCUACAUCUAUGGAGUGUCACUGUGCCGCAGCGGGUUCGACAACAGGUUCGACAACAGCAGUCAGCCGUACAGAGCUGCAGACAGACAGAGCGUGGACACCACUGACAACGUUACCAGUCCCAUGUUGCAGCAAGAAGAUGGAAAGCAACAGGCCAUCAUGCUGCAAGGUUGUAUGAUCGUGGGCCCUGUCCAACACCAUCAUAAACAGCGUGAGCUGCACCGCAGUGCACUCGGACUGCUUGAGCUUUACCAUGAUUUUAUUUAUUAUUGCCACUAGUGUUGGUGCUACACCAAACAGCCACAAAGUUUCUUUAAAUUAAUAAUAAUAAUAAUAAUAAUGAUCAUAUUACUAAUUACAUUAUGUCUCUGCUACACCAAAUACCCAAAGUGAAUCCAUAUACAGUUACUUAGUCGUUUGGCUGGUGUGUGUGUGGGGGGUGGGGAGGUGGGGGGGCCAUGUUCAUAAAAUGUCACUAAAGGUCAUAAUAAUUGGAAAAAAAUUGAUUUUUUUUGUAUUACACGAAUAUACUUCAAUAGAUACUAUUAUUGCCUUAGUUCUUUAAUGGAAGUCAUGUCUGUGUCUUUUAUGACAUUUGAUCACGCUUGAUGUUUAGAUUUAUCACCUGAAUUGUGAUAAAGCGGCGACAUCUGAAUAUCACGUGUGGUCACAUGUCAGAAUAUGUUAAUCAAACAUUCUCUUUUGUCAAUUCUGUUAGUAUUAUUAACAUUUCUAACAUGACUUAGUUCAUGGCAUGUACCAUCGUAUAUACCAGUCUGUGUCUUUUAUGACAUUUGAUCAUGCUUGAUGUUUAGAUUUAUCAUAUGAAUUGUGAUAAAGCGACGACAUCUGAAUAUCACACGUGGUCACAUGUCAAAACAGUGCUCAAUUUUAAGGAUUUUGGUUGCUUGCCCAGAGGGCAAGUAUGGGUUCACAUUGAGGUUGCCCUAAUUUCAUCCGUGUUUUGAAACUAGAGUUAUAUUUAUUUUCCAAUAAAACAGCAACCAACAGGUUUGGAAUUAAUAUGUUGUCAAUGUAAAAUGUAAUAUGUACUGUCUGACAAUAAAAUACAUUACUUUUAAAUAAUGUUUUUAAAUGUUUGUAGUUAUACACAUGUACACAUAGGGACUAAUUGCUUAAGAUUGUUGUGAUUUGGUGACACAUCGGCUAUUUUCUAAUUGAAUGCACUCUAUGUUCCAAUCGAAUGCACUGGAAUGUUUACUAUUCAGAAUACUUCAGCCGAUUACGAUUUUUCCUGAUGUCUCAUGGAAUCGGCCGAGGAGUUCCGAGUGGCAAACAAACCCACGUGAUUUCGACUGAUGCUUUAGUAGGGUGGGAUAAUUUUCCGUUUCAGAUUUUGCCACAUUCCGUUUAAGAUUUUUGAAAAUUCCGUGUGGUUUUUUUUCCUUUUUGUGUGUUAAUUAGUGUCAUGUUUUAUUAUUACAAACUAUAUCCAUUUGUGUUUUAUUGUUCCAGCUCUGAGCUUGUUGGCUAUUGCUAUUUUCUAAAUACCUGUAAACAUUUUUGUUGACACAAACUUUAAAAAAAGAAGUAGUUAAGUAAUGUUUACUUGCCACUAAUAAAGACUAAAAAAGUGAUGUACCAUAUUUUCUGGCCUAUUACACGCAUUGGUGUAUAAACCGCACCACUUGGUUUUAGACAGUUUCGAUCUUCGUCCGUACAUAAGCCGCAGUUAAAACAAAGUUACAAACUUAAUUACUGUUAAUUAUUGUUUGUAUUUAAUAAUAAUAAAGAGAUCCAUUUUCCCUUAAAUUCAAACAAUACAUAAUUGUUGAUUGUGUGGCUUUCAGUUUCAUUUCAUUUAAUAGAUGAUGGUUAAGAUUCAUAAACAAAACACACAUUUGACAAACCCCGCUAUUUUCAUGAAAAUAUUAACAAGAACUUUGUAAUGCAUUGUUCAUAAUCUUACAUUAGUUGCCCAAAAAUAAAUAAAUAAAUAAAUACAUGAUAACAUUUUAUUUGGUCCAGUAUGAUUACAAAACGUGAACCAAAAAAAAAAAGUGCACAAGUAAGAAUUACUAGCACCCACUCGAUUACACAUGUAUGUUUCUAUGUAACCUAACUAGCGUGCCGUGUGCACAAAUUACAUAUUCAAACGGGGUCGGGUCAAGCUGGAUAUAGGCCAGCGGUAGUGAACCGACACUAAGCACUGUUCUGUCGAUAGUUUACAGUUUUGACAUUGUUUUAUAACUUUUAAAUGAAGGCCUUUAUAAAAAAAGAAUAAAAAAAAAGUUUAGAAUUAUGUAUUCAGAGCCAGUGUAAGGAUUCGCAGGACCAAUAGCACAAAUAACAGGGGGGGGCCCCAAUUCCCAAGAUAUAUAUUGUUCAACCCCUUCGGGGAGAGGGGGAAAAAUUACCUGGGGAAAAUAAAUGUACACAAUUACUCACCGCGGGACCCCCUGAAGCGCGGGGCCAUAGCACGUGCUACUAGAAUAAACCAGUCGGAAGAAAAGUAAAAUGCUAUUUUGGUGUGCAAUUUAGAAAACAAUCGGUUAAGAAAUAAAUAACUUGUAGUAAAUUCCAUAGCAUGAAAAAAGGUGUUCCCUGUGAAACUGUUAAAUGUGAAUUGCUUCCGUACAGACAGAUUAAUUGAGCACACAACAAUGGAGACAUCAA